UUUGGACGUAGCUUUCAGUAAUUACAAGUCCAACCGUUAAAAGUUGAUUUAUUUCUAAUAAAAUGCAGUUCCUAGGAUUCGCUGUGUUAAUUUGCCUAUUUCAAAUAUUUCACUAUUCAUUUGCCUGUAACGGAUACGAUGUUAAACUGGACAGUUUUGAAAAUGGUCCCAAUAAUCCAACACUGGUCGUACAACCCAAUCCAACUUUCAAAUUGGAUAAAAAUUGCCGAUUGUACCUAAAUGGAACCUUGGAACUAUUAAAACCAGUAACAAGUGCAGAGCUAAACCUCAAAGCGAAAAAGAACGGAAUAUUGACUGUAUUGGACGUCAAUAAUAUCAAUUUAUGUGAACUUCUAUCCACUUCAAGUUAUCCAUAUGAAUGCCCGCUUACCAAGAAAAAAUAUUCCGAUAACUUCAGUAGUGGACUCGAUUUAUCAUCGUACCAAAAAUAUCUGGCGAAACUCAUUGGAAAGAUAACUAUCGACGCUACAAUAGUCACUAAUAAGAAAGAGAUCAAUACGUUCUGCGUCAAAGUGGAGAUAACUCGAAGGAUUUAGGAAGCAAUAAUGAGUUCCUUGUAAAUUUCCGUUUAAUGUAAUAAAACGAUG